GCCAUAGCGACGGGACAUUGCAGUCGUCUGCAGCUUGCUUGAGCUGGAGGUAGACCAAGGAGGUGAAGAGGAGGAAGCUACCCAGGCACAGAGACAGCGAGAAGGAGAGGAAGUGAAGGCCAAGAGCACUUGAAGCAGUGAGUCUCUUGCUUCCUCGUUGCUCUGAAGGAUCGGAACCAAUCGACACUUGCUAGAUUCACCUCAAACAACAUGUCCUCAAAGUUUCUUCUCGUCCUGUUCUAUCUAGCAUUUUCAGACAUUGCUUCUUCCUUGAGAAAUAUUCCCGGGUCGGCUCAGUGCAUCAAAGUCGUACAGCUCCGCGGGGGGGCAAGCCCGCAAGCGGCCAGCGCCAACGGAGUUCCAGUAGCGAGGUCGGCGUCUGGAAGGGACCUCCAAGGAACGGCGUUCACCAAGAUCGUGUACAAGAAGAUCAACGGGGAGAUCCACAAGUCCGUGGAGGUUGUCGGGUCAUGGUCGAGAUUCAAGACGAGGAACGCCAUGACCAAGAACAAGGACGGCGACUUUGAGAUCAUCAUUGAGCUCCCCAGGGGGCAGCACGAGAUGAAGUUUGUGGUCGAUGGGACGGAAUGGCGCUGCCAUCCAGGGAUGGAGACGACGACUGACUCGCAGGGCAACAUGAACAAUGUCAUCUUUGUCGACAACAUCCCCGGAGCCAAACAGACCGAGAGGAAAUUCACAACGUCCGAUGGUGUGUAUGUUGCCUCCAAGGACAGCCUUGAGAUCGCAAGAGAUGUUGUGUCCCGACUGGAGCAGGAGAGGCAGGUGGCGCAGGAGAAGCUGGCCAAGGCCCAUUCACAGUUCAUCGACACUUUGAAGUCAGAGCUCAACAGCGGCCUCGUGGCGCUGAACAGGAGCAAGACGGUUGUGAACGCGUUUCAGGAGCAGGGAAGCAAGGGACUGGUUUCUAUCAAAGCAGCUGGCGAGGCUAAGAUCACUGAGAUCCGAUCGCACAUGGAGAAGAUCAGAGACAUCCUUGAUCAGAAGGAGAAGAUUGCGAUCAAGGCUGUGACAGAGAACAUGCAGCAGAGGAUCGCGGUCUUGGAGAAAGAAAUCGCACGAUAUGGAGUCGUUGGGCCGGAGCUCCAGGAGCUCAUCGACGACACCAACAAGGCGUUGCACAGCAGCAGCACUGACAGUACGGCGUUUGCGAACAAGGCGAAUGCUCUCGUGAGCAAGAUCGAGACUGUGACGAGCAAGGCUGCUGCUUUGAUGCCGCCAACGGAUGAUGCGGAUUUCGAACAUCUCCAGCUCAACCUUCUGCCGCCACAGAACGCGUGA